AUGAAGAGACAAAAAACGUUUUUCAGUGCUCUACUUUUCUCCUUUAUAUUGCAACCUGAAGAAGUGAUCAGUUUCACUUUCUUGGGAGAUCAUUUGUGCCGUCAUGAUGAUGCUGUUGCACUGCUUCAAUUCAAAGAAAUGUUUAGCGUAUCAACUUAUGCUUCUCCAUAUUGUGGUGAAUCGGGUCAGCAUUCAUAUCCAAAGACAACACAUUGGAAAGCAGAUACAGAUUGUUGCAAUUGGGACGGCGUGAUAUGCCACAACCUCACCGGUCGUGUAAUUGGGCUGGAUCUGAGUUGCGGCCAGCUUCAAGGAGUUAUCCAUCCAAACACUACCCUUUUUCAUCUUUCUCAUCUCUGCCGCCUCAACCUUGCUUUCAACAAUUUCAUCGGUUCACGGAUUUCAAACUGGUUUGCCUCGCUAAAAAAUUUGACCCACCUCAAUCUCUCAUAUUCAAAAUUCGAAAGUGAAGUUGCUUUAGAAAUAUCACACCUAUCUAAUCUAGUUUCACUUGAUCUCUCCCACAAUGAGUUUCUAAGAUAUGAACCUAGCAAUUUUGAAGCGAUGCUUCAAAACUUAACCCAUUUAAGAGAGCUGUCACUUUCAAGAGUGGACAUCUCAUCGGAGUUGAGGGUGAAUUUUUCUUCAUCUUUGACGUAUCUAGACCUUAGAGAUACUAGAGUAAGAGGUAAUCUACCGAGUAAUGUUUUUCAUCUGCCAAAUAUGCGAGUUCUCUUGUUAGGUGGCAGCGAGAAUCUUAUUGUUAGUUUACCACAAUUGAACUGCAGCAUUUCAAAUUCUCUGAGGCAGUUGAGCCUAUCGCAUACAAAUUUCUCCGUUGCGUUGCCAGAUUUAAUUGGGUGCAUAGGGUCCUUAAAUUCUUUAGAUCUAAGUUAUUGUCAAAUUUCUGGUGCCAUUCCUGAAUCAAUUGGCAACCUUACACAGCUUACUGAAUUAUCUCUGGAUUUUAACGAUCUUCGAGGUAAAAUUCCAGAUAAAUUUUCCAUUUCACAAAAGAUAAGUAGGCUGUUACUUAGUAACAAUUUAUUGUCCGGGAACAUUCCGAACUCACUUCUCAACCUUAUGCAUCUUGAACAGUUAGAUCUCUACGGUAAUCAACUAAGCGGUUCAAUUCCUCCGUCAAUUUUUACCAUUCCAACCCUAUCUUACCUUGACCUUUCAUUUAACCUUUUUACGGGGGUUGGGCAAGACUUGUUUGUGGACUCCAAUAAGCUUCAAAACAACGCGUUUAACAGAGAGGCACCACGGAACACUACAAACAAUGUGAGCAUUUCCUAUCCAGAUUUUGGGUCCUUGGGAUUGUCUUCUUGCCAAAUAAAGGAAUUUUCAGAGUUUCUUAGAAAUUCAGAGAGUUUAGAAGUUCUGGACCUCUCAAAUAACAUGAUUCGCAGCAAAAUUCCAAUCUGGUUCAUGUCUAAGACUUUGGAUCAGUUGCUCUACUUGAACCUUUCACAUAACUUUUUGACUGGUACCAUAGACCAACUACCUGUCACUUCACGUCUGGUGUCUCUAGAUGUGAGUUCCAACUCACUUCAGGGCCAAAUGCCUCCUUCUAUCUGUAACGCAAGUCAUCUUUGGGUUCUUGAUUUGUCAAAUAACAAUUUGUCUGUGUGA